CGAAAUCACCUCAGGCCUCGGGCUUAGAUAGGAGACAAGGUACUUAUACGAUCAAUAGUGUCAAGAUGAUGGAGAACGCUUUUGCCUUCAUCCCCUCUCUCUCUUUUCCCUACACCAACACACUAUAUUGUAUCAAAAUCCCCCAUCCCCGAAUCACUUGCCCCUUCCAACAUGCCUUCCGCCAUACACCAUGACGACGUCGUACCAACGGCAAUUCCCCUCAAACUCUCGGAGGACGGUAUGGCGAUCAAUUACGAUGACCCGACCGCCUGGAACGUUACUGCUGCACCCGCUGUCUACCGAUCAAAGAACAAGAUCCGCUCGGUGGUCGCUGGCCUCGACCUCACUCACACCUCUUCCACCAAACCGUUGAUCAACCUCGGACUGGGAGAUCCGACCGUCUUCAACCUACACCCGCCUUCGGAAGCAUCGAUCAGCGCCGUGCAAGAAGCAUUGCUGUCGGGUGGGGCGAAUGGGUAUGUCCCUGGAACGGGAGAUCGAGCAGCUUGUGCGGCUGUGGCUAGAUAUCAUCAGAAGUGGGAUGGAGUGAGCUACCAGGCCGAGGAUGUCACGCUAUGUCACGGCGCGACUCACGCCCUCGACAUGUGUUUCUCGAUCAUGACCUCUCCUGGGCACAACGUCCUCAUCCCCUCGCCCGGCUUCCCCGCCUACGAGACCUUGCUCGGGAACAUUCAAGAUUGCGAGAUCAGGACAUACGAAUGUCUGCCGGACAGGGGGUGGGAGUGCGAUGUCGAACAGAUGGAGAGUUUGGUAGACGACAAAACUUCGUUUGUGUUGAUUACAAACCCUAGUAAUCCCUGCGGGAACAACAUGCACCCCGACCAUCUGCGCCGGAUCGUCGCUCUGGCCGAACGCAAAAAGAUCAUGAUCAUUGCUGACGAGAUCUACGGGCACAUGCAAUGGUCCGAGCACCCCUUCGUCCCGCUCGCCUCCCUCUCCACCCAAGUCCCUAUCGUCACCCUCUCGGGCCUCUCGAAGCGUUUCCUCUUGCCAGGAUGGCGAUUCGGCUGGAUCGUACUGCACGACCCAUCCAAUCACGCCCAUGCCAUCCGACACGCUCUCCACUGUUGGGGCAACCGGAUCAUGGGCCCGUGCAGCCUGAUCCAGAAGGCUCUUCCGAGGAUCUUGGACGAGACUCCGGACGCAUGGUUCAAAGAGGUCGUCGGCAAGCUCGAGAACAAUGCCAUAACGUGUUAUGACCGCCUGACCAGGAUACCCGGAUUGUACUGCACUUUCCCCACGGCGGCCAUGUACCUCUUGCUCGGGAUCGACAUUUCGCACUUUCCCGAGUUUGAUUCGGACGUGGAUUUCUGCUCGGCGCUCGUUAAGGAACAAGCUCUGUUCUGUAUCCCGGGCCAGUCGUUUGGGAUCGACAAUCACAUGCGGUUGGUGAUCGCUGCGCCUAACGCGGUGCUCGUCGAUGCUUGUGAGCGGUUGGAGGAGUUUUGUCUGAAGCAUUACGUCUAGGCAAUGGACGUUGCCCAUGUAAUGCUCGAUAGAGGAUAGAACAGUCUGCGACACUGUAUUACCCAUGUAUCUAGAGGAUAGAGGAUAUCAUACCAUCUCUGCAUUU